AUUGUCAUUCUCAAGAGGGAGUGCGGGGAGUGGGAAUAUCUACGAAUUUCUAUAGUGAAUUGGACUUUGUAACCUUUACGAAAAUUGAAAAUUGUUUUAAUAUAAGUUUAAAGUUAGUGUACAUAAUAUCAUAAAACUAUAUUUAACAAAAUGUUCUCUCCAAGCAGCAGGCACUUGCUCUUUUCGACGCAGUUGAGGAGACUGCAGAGCACUCUGGUGGUAGCUGAGCACAACAAUGAGGUGCUGUCGCCGGCCACCCAGAACACACUGAGUGCUGCCAAGAAGAUCGGUGGAGAUGUCGCUGUGCUGGUCGCUGGCACCAAGUGCGGCCCUGCAGCUCAAGCUGUAGCUAAAGCAAAUGGAAUUUCCAAAGUUCUGGUGGCUGAAAGUGACACAUUCAAGGGUCUCACCCCCGAGUCUCUGACACCUCUCAUCUUAGCCACCCAGAAGCAGUUCAACUUCACACAUAUCCUGGCUCCAGCGACUGCCUUCGGCAAGGCUGUUCUGCCAAGAGUAGCAGCUAAGCUGGAUGUGUCCCCUAUUACAGACAUCAUUGGAGUUAAGGAUGCUAACACCUUUGUCAGAACCAUCUAUGCAGGUAACGCUGUCCUCACAUUGGAAGCCAAGGACAACAUCAAGGUGAUCACAGUCCGUAGCACAGCAUUCCCCCCGGAGCCACUAGAAGGUGGCUCCGCGGCCGUAGACAAGGCACCCGAAGGCGACUACAAGACAGACCUUGUUGAGUUUGUCAAGCAGGAGCUCGCCAAGUCUGACAGACCUGAACUUACGAGUGCCAAGAACAUUGUUGCUGGCGGUCGUGGUCUAAAGUCGGGCGACAACUUCAAGCUUCUGUACGACCUAGCUGACAAGUUGAACGCCGCAGUGGGUGCUUCCCGAGCGGCCGUGGACGCCGGCUUCGUAGCCAACGACUUGCAAAUCGGUCAGACCGGCAAGAUUGUUGCUCCUGACCUAUACAUCGCAGUAGGCAUCAGUGGUGCUAUCCAGCAUUUGGCUGGCAUGAAGGACUCCAAGACCAUUGUUGCUAUCAACAAGGACCCUGAGGCACCUAUCUUCCAGGUGACCGACUACGGCUUGGUCGCUGACUUGUUCAAGGCUGUUCCUGAGCUCACAUCCAAACUGUGAACGUAUAUAACUGAAGAGAGAAACACAAGCAGAAUGAAGUACAUAGUCUAACCUUUUUAGAUGAAACUUUUUAUUCUUAUACCAACUUUUAUAUCCUUCCCUCGAGAUUUGUGAAACUUUAUUGUUGAUCAGUGUAAUUUAUCAUGUGUACGCGAAUCAUGUAUGUUUAAUAAAAUAUUGUUACAA